GGGCCAUUAGCAUUAGCAAUCGUCUAAAGAGGGCUCACUUCCGGUCUCGUAUCAGCUCGAGAGCUUCACAAUAAAGUAAUAUUUGAAUGCCCUGUUUUUGUUUGGAAACAUCCCGCCAGAUUUCACUCGGAAGUGGUCACCGGAAGAACGUGUUAAACCACUUUGCGCUGAUUCCGAUUGGUUUACAAGACUGCUAAAGUAUUCUCUGAUAGGCUGGAGAGCCGACAGCAGGCUUGUGUACUAUUUUCUUGUUCUCCACUGUCCUGUUGAGAAGAUUCCUCCAAAGCGUGGUGUCUGACAAAACCAGCUGCUUCAUUGCCAACAUGCAUGUGAUUAAACGAGAUGGGCGCCAUGAGGCAGUUAGUUUUGAUAAAAUCACCUCUCGCAUCCAGAAGCUAUGUUAUGGACUCAACGGUGACUUUGUGGACCCUGCCCAGAUUACGAAGAAGGUGAUCGAGGGUCUGUACAGUGGAGUCACCACCGUGGAGCUGGACACUCUGGGCGCAGAGACUACUGCAACCCUCACCACUAAACAUCCUGACUAUGCUGUCCUGGCUGCAAGGAUUGCUGUUUCAAACCUGCAUAAGGAAACCAAGAAAGUAUUCAGUGAUGUGAUGGAAGACUUGUACAACUAUGUCAACCCUUUAAACAAACGUCACUCGCCUAUGAUCUCCAAAGAGACACUCGACAUCGUUCUGGAAAACAAGGCUCGCCUCAACUCAGCCAUCAUUUACGACAGAGACUUUUCUUACAACUUCUUUGGCUUUAAGACUUUGGAGCGGUCGUAUUUGCUGAAGAUCAAUGGAAAAGUUGCUGAGAGACCCCAGCACAUGCUAAUGAGGGUGGCUGUCGGGAUUCAUAAAAGAGACAUUGAAGCAGCUAUUGAAACUUACAACUUGCUGUCAGAGAAGUGGUUCACCCAUGCCUCCCCUACCCUGUUCAACGCAGGCACAAACCGGCCACAGCUGUCCAGUUGCUUCUUGCUUGCCAUGAGGGAUGACAGCAUUGACGGUAUUUACGACACGCUGAAACAGUGUGCCCUAGUCUCCAAAUCAGCUGGAGGCAUCGGACUGGCAGUGAGCUGCAUUAGAGCAACAGGCAGCUACAUUGCAGGGACAAAUGGCACCUCUAAUGGGCUGGUUCCCAUGCUACGAGUUUACAACAACACGGCACGUUAUGUGGACCAGGGUGGCAACAAGAGACCUGGGGCCUUUGCCGUCUACCUGGAGCCAUGGCACUCUGAUGUGUUUGAGUUUUUGGAGUUGAAGAAGAACACAGGUAAAGAGGAGCAAAGGGCCAGAGACCUAUUCUUUGCUCUGUGGAUCCCAGACCUUUUUAUGAAACGUGUGGAAAGCAAUCAGGACUGGUCUUUGAUGUGUCCCAGUGAAUGUCCAGGGUUGGAUGAGUGCUGGGGAGAGGAGUUUGAGAAUCUCUACACUCGGUAUGAGAAGGAGGGGAGGGCUAAGCGUGUGGUGAAGGCUCAGCAGCUGUGGUACGCCAUCAUCGAGUCACAGACAGAAACUGGCACUCCAUACAUGCUCUACAAGGACGCCUGCAACAGGAAGACUAACCAACAAAAUCUUGGCACCAUCAAAUCCAGCAAUCUGUGCACAGAGAUUGUAGAGUACACAAGCAAAGAUGAGGUCGCAGUGUGUAACCUGGCGUCCAUUGCGCUCAACAUGUAUGUCACCCCAGAGAAGACCUUUGACUUCAAAAAGCUUGCAUCUGUUACCAAAGUUAUUGUCAAGAACCUGAACAAGAUCAUCAACAUCAACUACUACCCAGUACCUGAGGCUGAAAGGUCCAACAUGCGUCACAGGCCAAUAGGAAUUGGUGUGCAAGGCCUGGCUGAUGCCUUUAUCCUUAUGCGCUAUCCAUUUGAAAGCCCAGAGGCUCAGCUACUCAACAUUCAGAUCUUUGAGACAAUCUACUAUGCUGCACUGGAGGCCAGUUGUGAACUAGCAGCAGAAUUUGGCCCUUAUGAAACCUACAGUGGCUCUCCUGUCAGCAAGGGAAUCCUUCAAUAUGACAUGUGGGGUAAAACGCCAACUGAUUUAUGGGACUGGACAGCACUGAAGGAGAAAAUUGCCAAGCACGGUGUAAGGAACAGCCUCCUUUUGGCCCCAAUGCCUACAGCUUCCACUGCUCAGAUCCUGGGCAAUAACGAAUCCAUUGAGGCAUACACCAGCAACAUCUACACUCGCAGGGUGCUGUCAGGAGAGUUCCAGAUUGUAAAUCCUCACCUGCUGAAGGAUCUCACAGAAAGAGGACUGUGGAAUGAUGACAUGAAGAACCAGCUGAUUGCUCAGAAUGGCUCCAUACAGGAUAUCAAAGAGAUCCCUGAUGAUCUAAAGCAGCUGUAUAAAACUGUCUGGGAAAUCUCCCAGAAGACUGUGCUCAAGAUGGCAGCGGAUCGCGGUGCUUACAUCGACCAAAGCCAGUCUCUUAACAUUCACAUUGCUGAACCAAACUAUGGAAAACUCACCAGCAUGCACUUCUAUGGUUGGAAGCUGGGUCUGAAAACUGGCAUGUACUACUUGCGAACGAAGCCAGCUGCCAACCCUAUUCAGUUCACUCUCAACAAGGAGAAAUUAAAGGAGACUCAGUCGGCCAAAGGUGUGGAGGAGGAGACUAAAGAGCGCAACACUGCGGCCAUGGUCUGCUCUUUGGCAAAUAAAGACGAAUGCCUUAUGUGUGGUUCCUAAGUAUAGUGUCUAAACCCCAACCAAGCUCACUCUUUGACUAUCAACCUCCCAAAUGAAAAUGUAUUUUCAUGCUUAUUUUGUACAUGAUUUUGUAACUAGUAUUUUAAAUGUCUAUAAAUCACAAAUUUUGCAGUUUAUAUUUAACAUUAACUCGGUUGUCAUUAUGAAGUGUUUUAUGAUCAUGAUGUUUUUAUGGCAUUUUUAGGGUUGAAUUCAUGAAUUUCAUGCAGUUUUGUGUUUUUAAA